UGCUUCUCUAAAUAGAAUGUAUUGUAAUCUUCUCUCAGUCCAACGUGGUUCCUCACAGACCCGCUUCUUCAAAUAGACUUUCGCUAAGUUAUUGGAAAAUUAGUGAAAGGCGCAAGGACGACAACCUCUCAGAGAUUGACAUUUAUGGUGCCAAUAAUUCAAGUGCAUGACUGGAUAUUAAAGUGAAGGAAAUAAAUUAUAUGGAGUCCCAUGAAAUUGGUGAACAGCAUACAUGAACAGCCCUGGAUAAAGAGAAGAUCUUAGUGGGGAAAUUUGUUUGUCUGCUUUCUGCUCCAUUGGAAUAAAAACAUAUUUGCAUGGAUUUGAUUAAUUCAAAGACAGUUAUGAAUUUGGAGCAAGACCGGCCAUUCGUUUGCAAUGCUCCUGGCUGUGCUCAGAGGUUUCCAACGGAGGACCACCUCAUGAUUCAUAGCCAUAAACAUGAAAUGACUUUGAAGUUCCCAGCAAUAAAAACAGACAACAUUUUAUCAGAUCAGACCCCAACACCUACUCGCUUUCUGAAGAACUGUGAAGAAGUUGGGCUCUUUAGUGAACUUGCGUGUUCUUUGGAGCAGGAAUUUCGGAAAGCACAGGAAGAGGAAGACAAUAAAAGGGCUGCGGCGGGGUUGAGUAUUUCUAGUCUAGCUGAGGUAACGAGCAAAGAGGCAUCAAUUACUGACAGCACGGCUCAAGUAUCCACUCUGUCCCGGAUUGUAUCUGCAACUCGACCUGAGAAGGAUAUAUCAGUGCAUGGGUCAGUACAAGGGGUAAUAUCCGGUCAAAUAGCUCACCAGCUUACGCCCACUAGGAUGCAAAACCACGACAACGGGAUUGCAAACCAGCAGGCCAUGCCUUCACCAACUUCCAAUUCCGUCAUCACACAAGCACCUUCUACCAACAGGCAAAUAGGGCCUGUACCAGGAUCUCUAUCUUCACUACUCCACCUUCAGAACAGACAAAGGCAGCCCAUGCCAGGGUCGAUGCCUGGCAACCUUCCCAAUUCCACCAUGCCGGGGUCUUCUGCAGUACUGAUGCCUAUGGACAGGCAAUUAUCGAUGAGUUCUAAUAUCAUGGGGAUACCUGGACCCCCUCAAGUUCACCAAAUGCACUCAGAAGCCAAAAUGAGACUUAAAGCAGCACUGAGUCAGCACCCAAGUGCUCUGUCAAACGGAAGCAUGAAUAUGAUGGGACAAGUGAUGGAAAUGAUGACGUCCAGGCAGGAGCCGGCGCCACAGCCACAUCACCCCAUGCACUCGCAUGCACACCAGGCUCCGCCGCAGCACGCCUUCACGCAUCAGCACCAACCACACCACCAGCAGCAUCACCCGCACCACCACCAACAAAGCCACACCCACUCCCAUCCAAACUUACACGCACACAACCCGCCGCAUCACAAUCCUCCGCUUCAGCCUCUGCCCACGGGAGCACAAAAUCAGGUCUCACCUGGAGCACAACAGAUACAAUCUCCUCAAUCAGGACACCCAGCACCAAGCAGUGGGGGCCGAAGAAGAAGAGUUGUUGAUGAAGACCCUGACGAAAGACGGAGGAAAUUUCUUGAAAGGAAUCGCGCUGCUGCAACUCGCUGCAGGCAGAAGAGGAAAGUGUGGGUGCUGUCACUGGAAAAGAAAGCAGAGGAACUCACGCAAACAAACAUGCAACUUCAGAACGAGGUCUCGCUCUUGAAGAAUGAGGUGGCUCAGCUGAAGCAGCUAUUACUGACACAUAAAGACUGUCCAGUCACAAUGCAGAAGGAGUCACAAGGAUACUUGAGUCCUGAGAACAGUCCACCCAGAAGCCCUAUCCCUGCUUGUUCUCAACAGCAAGUUAUCCAGCACAAUUCAAUUAGCACUUCGACUGCCGUCAGUGAGGUUGUAGGCAGCUCCACACUCACCCAGCUCGGGAAUCAGAGAACAGAUCGGAAUCCUAUCCUCUAAGUACUGCCUUUUGUCGGGGGUGCGGCGGCAGAAGACCGAAAAAUUGACACUCCAUUCAGGACUUUGGAAAGAUCAACAUAAUCCAGGAAUUAAAUACACUUUAGGGGAAAAAAAAGACUCUUGCUAUUCAUUUUAAUAGUUAUCAAAAUGCUAAUUUUUUUUACUUUAGUAAUGAAAAAAGGGAAAUAUGCAAUUAAAAACGCUGAUAGCUUGGGAAUGCUUUAAUGCUUUCUCAUAACUUGCUGGUACCAAUUUGAAGAUUCUACUAAGAAUUUUUGAACUUUUUGAAUUUUAUUACUGUGUAUAUAGUCUCUCUACUUAUUAUCAGUGGCAAGUUCUAGGUAUCUAACCAACCUGCCAAUUAACAACUGGAUUAAGGUAUCUAACAAUGUCAUCACUGAACAGAAGCCUCCAGUCUAUGCUAUAGAUACAGCCCAUAAUGCAGUCUCUAAAAAAUAAUGUUCAUUUGCACUGAAAAUCAAAUUUUAUGAAUUGAGAUUGAGUCACUAAUUGAGUAAGAAUAUAUGGAAAAUGCAUUUCAAUAUUAGAAACAUUAUAUCACUUAGUCUUCCCUACUUGGCAAUAUGAUCAAUUGAAUACGAAUCGUAAUUUUUAUUAUCUGCACAUCUUAAGAAUCUGUUUUGCAUUCACCACUUUCUCCAUUUGGUUAUUUUGCCAUAUACUUCAGCAUCAGCUCUUAAGAUUAACAGGAAUGACAGAAGCAUCCCACUACUGUGUGCAGUUACAGUACUUCCUAUUGGCAAUGCAAUGAUAGUGACUGUCAUUCAUGCAAGGUGCAAUAGUCCCACACAAGAUGCUGGAGGAAAUCAGCAGGUCAGGCAGCGUCAAUGGAAAUAAAUAGGCAGUCAAUGUUUCAGGCCAGACCUUUCUUCUGUUUAUACAUUUGCCGGACAUGUUGAGUUCCUUCAGCAUUUUGUGUGUGUUGCUCAGGAUCUCCAGCAGCUACAGAAUCUCUUGUCUACAACAGUUCUGUUCCAUUUGUGCAAAAAGCAAAAAUUCUCACUUAAAGUAUGGCUUUAACUAAUCCUGUGUUCAAGUGAGGGGGAAGUGUAGCCAUGGUCACAAAGCAUUCUUGAUGUUCUUGUAAACUUGAGAACUAUACAUGAAGUCAUUUGGUUAUAAUCCACAUUAAGAUGCAAAGAUCCCAAAAUCUAUCUAAAGCAAAGUUUCCCAACCUAGGGUCUGUAGACCCUCAGUUAAUGGUUGAGGUCCAUGGCAUAAAAAAAGGUUGGGAACCCCUGCUCUAAAGGAUCAAAUGGGAAGAGUAGUGAUGUUUUCAAACCAAAACAUUACAGAUUGGACUAAAGGAUGACACUUUUUUUUUAAAGUUUUGAGCAUUAAACCAAAUUCAGUAAGAAACAAUAACUGUAUUAAAAAAAACUAUAUAAGUGAAUGAUCUGUACAGUUUUGAUUCCAUGUUUAAUUAUGAUCAAAGGCCAAUAGAUUACUCUUAGAGUACUGACUUUACAUUUGCCUUAAAACCUAUUAUUAUUAUUAUUGAGACUGUUCCCAUCUGUUGUCUGACAUAAUUCCCAGUGCCUAGACUCGAGCAUGCAGUUAAUAUAAAGACUAAUUUGGAUACUGUUCAAAGUGUAGACUAAUUGUACCAUGUCAGAUGUGUAGAAAGGUGCACUUACGAAAUGAUUGCCUUGAGAAGGAGCUACACUUGGGGAGAGUACUGCUGAGGAAAUUGAAAGCCUACAGCACCAGAACGCAGGCCAAUCAUUUCCUAAUUUGCACCUCUUGCAGAUGCCAUAAGCUGAAAAUAUCCAGCCAUGAAGGUAGGUUUUAUUUUGGAGAGGGCAGGCGAAGUUGAACAGUAGGGAAUGGAAUUGUGUUUACUUGCCCAAAUUUCACAGUCAGAGAAUUUUAGAAUAUAGAACAUUACAGCUCAGUACAGGCCCUUUGGCUCACGAUGUUGCGCUGACCUUUUAACCUACUUUAAGAUCAAUAUAACCCUUCCCUCCUCCAUAGCCUUGCAUUUUCUAGCAUCUAUGUGCCUAUCUAAGAGUUCCUUAAUGCCCCUAAUGUAUCUGCCUGUACUACACACCCAUCACUAAAAUCGUUCCUGGAUAUUAACUAACCUAACUAUUUGAAUGCUGACCAAUUAAAUACCAAGUUCACCAUUACCCUGAUUAGCAGUGUGAAAAUUGACUGGCAGAGGGAAGGAGACAUGAAGUGGGACAGUUUCAGUUAACUGCUCACCUCCUCUACUCACACAAGGAGGAGAUGCUUAAUUUGCCCCAUGGAAUAGGCCUGCAUCUUUCCACUUUGAAGGGAAUGCUGAGCCCAACAUAUACACAUGGAAAAUUAUAGUUUUCUCACUUCUCCAAAAAAUCUCCGCCAGGACAGUUAAUCCUUUUCCAUGUCAGUUCUGAUUUUCUUGCUAAUUACAAUCAAGUUGCAAAUCUCCAUUUUUUUUUCAAAUAAAUAUUUGAGUAUAAAUUUAAUAUUAACCAGAGACUGGAAUAGAAUGUCCACGUUUUGACAAAGGAAUUGGGAAUGCAAUGCUGAAGACUUGCAUCAGCCCUCAAUGCAAAUUCCCAGCCAUUUCCUAUGGGGAGGAUAAAAGCUCCAUACAUGCACAGAACUGGUCAUUUAAUACCAUCUGUCACAUGGAGUGAAUCAAGCUAAACCUAACAGCAAACCCUUUGGGACUGGAAUCGGUAGAAGUGAUCUCAACCCAGACAUAAUGCAACCUUUAGGAGAAAGGGUGAGGACUAUCAUGAAAAUGUUUGAAGCUCUAAAGCACUGGAAAGCACGUUUGAUCAGAUUUAUUUUAAAAAGAAAAUAAUGUUACUAACAAAUUUUGCAAAGAAACUGUGAAUCAGUACUUCUAGUUAGAGACCAGGCUGUCCUUAAUUGCUGAAAAUUAGAUUUCUUAUCAUCGGAGAAGUAGUAUUUUAAAAUUAUCACAACCAAUAAUCACACUCAAGUGAAAUACGUGCCCACUGUAUACGUGCUGACAAUAUCACAUUCAUUGACCAGUUGACAAAAAGUAAUCAAACCUCCAUAUCCCAGAGCUGAACUAACUCAGGUGUCACAUUAAGUAAAUGAUAAAGUACAUAAUCAAACAAUAGUAACUAAUGCAUGGGAGUUUAACGUGGCUGAUGUCUCACUAUUACACCCUUCAAAAUGUAAAAUGCUCUUUUGACAUUUCUCAGGGUUGAAAUGUCUAAUACCAGGGGGCAUGAUUUUACGGCGAGAGGGGGUAACUUCAAAGGAGAUAUGAGGGGCAAAUUUUAUUUACACAGAGAGUGGUGGGUGACUGGAAUGCACUGCCUAGAGUGAUGGUAGAGACAGAUACAUUCGAGACUUUUAAGAGACGUUUAGAUGGGCACAUGAAUGUGAGGGAAAUGGAAAGAUAUAGACACUGUCUGUUAACAGAGAGGAUUAGUUAGACUGUCUAUUUGAUACUAAUUUAAUUGGAUUGCAGGCCCAAGGGCCUAUUCCUGUGCUAUUUUGAUGAAUUGAAUUAAAUGCCCUGUGUAUAAACUGCAUUUUUUUCUCCAAAGUAGAGGGAAAUUCACAGCAUUUAACACCAGACUAUUUGAGGUAUCUUUAUAAGGGAGUGUCAAAUACCUGUAUAAAGGCUUUCAAAAGAAAUGUGUCCUUUUAUGGCCCAAGAGAGGGUGUUUAGCAAUAUUUGUGCAAACUCUGAAUCUAAAAAGUUGCCCUACUCUCCCCACCCGGAGCAAAUUGUUAUUUGGUAAGAAUGAGUGGAAUGAGCAGAGGUAAUUUGUCCUGUCGACUCUUUCCUCUGCACAACACUGAGAAUCAACUCUGGCAAGAACUGUUUGCAGCUCUAAUGUCGGAGGCAGUGCUACAGGGUCCAUGGCCACCAAAGAAUACAGAGCUUGUACACUCUGUAAAACCUAAUAACUCAAGAAGUCCUUUAAAAUGUGUUACACCUAUAAUUUACAUAUUUUAAACUGGUCUUAUGCACAGUUUUAGGUAUCUACCCUGAAUAUCUAAAAGAGAGUUGAUAAUUUUCGUGGAAGAACUUAUAUGGUUUAUAAAAUCAAAUUACUUAAGACUUUUAAUAUGUUACACCCAUAUUUUACAUUUUUAAACUGGUCUUAAGCACAGUUUUAGGUGCCUACCCCAGAUGUCUUAAAGAGGAAAUUUGGGUAAAUUUCUUGGAAUAACUUGGUAUGGUUUGUACCUGUUUUAAAAUGGCCCCAAUACAUUUGUGAAUAGAAAGGCACAAGUAUUAGCAUGCUGUCAAUCAUAAGUAUUUUUGGUCAAAGCUCAGAGUUUUCAUGGAUCAGUCAAUUGGCAGUUAGAGAGUUCAUCUUCUCAUAUAUAUUUUCAGCCAUAUUCAGCAAAUAGCACUUUAGAAAUCUUUGCUAAACACAGUUCAACAUAGCAGACAGGGUCAGUGAACGUAAUUGCAAAUCCUUUAAGUUAGCCACCUCUUAAGUAAUGCAAUGAAACAUAUGUGAUCAAUGCCACAAAGCACAUGUUCGCUCUGAAUAAAAAAUGUUCUAAACAUGAUUGGGUUUAUUAUCACUGAAGACAUGUUAUGAAAUCUGAUGUUCUGUGGCUGCAGUACUGUGCAAGAGAAAAAAAUACUAUAAGUUACAAAAAAAAGAGCAAAACACUAAUUGUGAAAUAUAAGAGAUUAAGGACAUACACAGACAAUAUUAACCAUCCUCCAAUACAAGGGUUCCCAACCUUUUUUAUGCCAUGGACUCAUACCAUUAACCAAGAGAUCCCUGGACCCCAGGGUGAGAAGCCCUGCUCUAACAUAAUUGUAAAAAUCUCUGGUUGAUCAAAACACAACAAACAUCACAAAAUCAUGUUCAGUAGAAACCUACAGUAUUGUAUAAAUGGCUCCACUGAAUGUGACUUUGACUAUUGAAUUGCUUUCAAUAUUGGUAACAUCUUCUCACUAAAUAUCAAAGCUGCAUUAAUUAGAUUUCACCUAAAUACAUUUGCUCUUUGAAUCAUAUUAUCUUCAAAUGUGGAAACGUUAUUCAUAAUAUAGAUUGAAAUAUAACAACAUCUUCUUGCUUUUACUAAGACUGCCUGAAGGGUUGGUAUUCCAGUUAUAAAAACCUUACCAGUGUAAAACAAAAAGGAUUCAAAGAGAAACUGUGUGUUGAACAGCACUUUACAGAGUUGAACUUUUUUUCUAUUGUAUUAUUUCUUCUAAAAAUUAAGCACGUGUAACAAAAAAAAACACGAGAUUCUGCAGAUGCUGCAAAUUCAGAGCAACACACCCAAAAUGCUGGAGGAACUCAGCAGGUGAGGCAGCAUCUAUGGAAAUGAAUAAACAGUCGACAUUUCAGGCCAAGACUUGACUUUUUAUUCAUACCCAUAGAUGCUGCCUGACCUGCUGAGGUCCUCCCGUAUUUUGUGUGUGUAGAAUGUGUAAUAAUUUGUCUGAUGCCCUCUUCAGUCCAGAUUUGCUGCGUUCCAUCAUUCUAAAUGUUAUAUGUGACAUUUGUUCUGAAUC